UUUCAUUAACUUUCAUUUAUCAAUUGAUGAUCAAAAAAUACAACUCUAACCUAAUCGUUAAACUGGCCCAUUCAUUCAUCCGUUUCCUUUAACACAAUCCCCGCAUAUCUUAUCUUGCACCUGCAUCUGCGGUAAUGAAGUAAAGAAACCAAUCAAUGGUACUUAUCAAUUCGUUAUGCUCACAAUGCCAGCCAAGGCUGGUAAAUCGAAUAUCCAUCCAAUCACAAUGGUGGGAUACUUGCAUAUAUUCCAGGAGUAGUGUGUAAAUACCAAGGCGUCGUGCAUCGUUCACUGCCCAGGUGUUGGGACAAGGCGGGGAUACUACCCGAAUCCGGAUGGUGAUAGAGUUGUACAACUUCAUAUCGGUUACAUUUCGAGUGAAAUGCAGGACAUGAGCAUAAGUGUGUAUCCAAGCCGUGUCGAACAUGCAGGUAUGGUGGACCAAGCCGAAUUGUAAGCUGAGAUCAAGUAAUGGCAUGAUGGGCAAGAUCAGGAACCAAAGGAUAUGUUCGCGUCUUGUGUCAAUCUUAUCCUAUGUUUUUCGAGAGAGCGAUACCACGACAACGAUAGAUUGAUAAGGGGCAGCUUUUGUUGUUAGAGAGCAAUGAUAUGAAAUUCAGUAAAUUCCAACCAUCAUAGACUCAAAUGGAUCUUUGAGGACGACGAAUGGCACCAUUAGACCAAGAGAUUCGGCCGAUAGCACCUGCCUCUUUUGUAACAUAUACUUCACAUCUUUCUUGGCUUACAUUACGUGAAUAAGAUAACAAUACUUUUUACCAUCUUCCCCUCUUCUAUGGAGCCAAAGGCGAAGGCGAUCAAUAAAAAUAUAAUCAAGUACAAAAGGCAGGCAAUUCCCAUCUCGCUGGUCACUUCUUUCCUUCCAAGUCCAACUUCGACACCUCUGAUUUUACUGGUGUUCUCUUGUUGAUACAUCUUCGUAGUCCUUUCUAGGGCUUAACAUCAUCAAGAUGAAGUUCUCUCGCGUGGUUUCUGGUUUGGCAGUAUGUAGCUUUGCUGCAUGCGAGUCUUCCAUGGAGCUCUUGGAAUCGCUUCGCGAAAUCCCGCAAGGUUGGGCUCAACUUGAGAAACCUCGACCAUACAAAACAAUCAAGCUUCGAAUUGCUUUGGAACAACCAGAUCAUGAACUUUUCGAGCAGAAGCUUUAUGCUGUCUCAUCACCUGAUCAUGUCGAAUACGGUCAACAUCUCGAGCGUGAAGAGCUUAAACGAUUCAUCAAGCCAGCUGAUCAAACUACUCAAGCCGUUUUAUCAUGGUUGGAAAAAUCUGGUAUCUCCGAGUCAAACAUCCACAAUGAUGGAGAAUGGAUCAACUUUCGUACUUCAAUUAAGCAAGCGGAGGAUAUGUUGAAUACCACUUUCCAUUACUACGCUCAUCAAGAUCAGAAACACAACAAGCAGAUUCGAACAUUGGGAUAUUCUAUUCCAAGAGAGGUUUCAAGUCACAUUACAAUGAUCCAACCUACAACCAGGUUUGGUCAAAUUAGAACUCAACGCAGCCAAGUAUUCCGUGAGGACUUUGGUGCUCUUUCUUUACCAGCACUCAAUACUACUGCCUGCAAUGCUACCAUUACUCCUCAAUGUCUACGAGAUCUUUACAAUAUUGGCAACUACACUGCUAAGGCAAAUCCCGAGUCACGUCUAGGAGUCGCUGGAUACCUUGGUCAAUGGGCAAAGUAUGAUGGUCUAGAAGCUUUCUUGGAGAAAUAUGCUCCAUAUGCUGUUAGCCAAAAUUUCUCCUAUGCACUCAUCAAUGGAGGUUUGGAUACACAAAACUCAACAAACGAUGACGGAGAAGCGAAUUUAGAUAUUCAAUAUGUUGCUGCCAUGGGUUUCGAUACCAAUAUUACUUACUACAGUACUGGUGGUCUAGGAUUUCUCGUUCCAGAUCUCGAUCAACCAUCAUUAGACGGCAAUCAAAAUGAACCAUAUUUGGACUAUCUUAACUAUAUGUUGAGUCUCCCGAACAACCAAUUACCACAAACAAUCACAACUUCAUACGGAGAAGAUGAACAAUCUGUUCCAGAAGCUUAUUCUAAAACCGUGUGUAAGAUGUUCGGUCAAUUAGGUAUGAGAGGUGUAUCUAUUCUUUUCUCAUCUGGAGAUACCGGUGUGGGAUCAGCUUGCCAAACUAAUGAUGGAAAAAACACAACACGAUUCUUGCCCAUUUUCCCAGCAGCUUGUCCUUAUGUUACUUCAGUAGGAGGAACUCGAUAUGUGGAACCAGAAGCAGCGGUUUCUUUCUCUUCAGGUGGUUUCAGUGAUAGAUGGCCUCGUCCUUCGUAUCAAGAUGAUGCUGUUAAGGGAUACUUGAAGGUUCUGGGUUCUAGAUGGAAGGGUCUUUAUAAUCCUAAGGGCCGUGGUUUCCCAGAUGUUGCGGCACAAGGUGUUAGAUUCCAUAUUAUGGACGUUGAUUCUAUCACCGGAGUUGCACGAGAUCAAUUACUUUCUGGAACUAGUGCAUCCUCCCCAGCUUUCGCAGGUAUCAUCUCCCUUCUCAACAAUGCCCGUCUAAAUGCCGGUCGUAAACCCCUCGGUUUCCUCAACCCUUGGCUCUACUCGAUCGGUAAGAAAGGUCUUACCGAUAUUGUUCACGGAGGCAGCACCGGAUGCACUGGAGUCGAUAUGUACUCCGGCUUACCAACCCCAUUCGUACCAUAUGCUAGUUGGAAUGCGACAAAGGGAUGGGAUCCAGUGACUGGAUUGGGAACUCCGGAUUUCGCAACUUUGUUGAAGUUGGUUAAUAAAAAGGAUUAAGUCUUUCUAGGACGAGGGGUGAGUAGAGAAAAUAUAAUAUGGGUUGUCUCGCUCGGUUUAUGGGAAGUGAUGGGAAAUCUGGAUGGUUGUCUUAGGGGAUUGUCUUUGUUGGUCGUAUGUAGGAUAAUACAAAUUUGAAUAAAUUUAAAAUUCUGAAACUAGUAUCAGAUAUUGGUGUGCAUACGUGGAGCAUGAA